AUGACAGUAAAGACACGAGCAGCAACCAUUGCAAAAGGAAACAGAACCCCCAAUAGGAAUGCCCCCACGCGGGGCGCACCGCCCGCGCCUGCUCUGGGAGCCGUGAGCUGCCGCCGUCCCCAUCCCGACGUGGACGGCACGAUCACCCUCAAAGCGGACAGCCUGACCUACGGCGCCUCUCCCGACAGCCCGAGGCACGCGGGCGACGUGCACGUCCCGUGGGAGCCCCACACCAAGGCGCCCCGGGUCUUUGCCUUCUUUCGCUUCCACGACCGGCGCGAUGCGGAAGCUGCCGAGGCCGCGGUGGACGCUGCGGGGCUGGACCGAUGGGAGCUGCGGGUGCAGGUGGCUCGCUAUGGUCGCCGGGGGGCGCCACGCAGCUGGUCCCGGGGCGGCGGCUACGGACCGUGGAGCUGCAGACCCAGGAGGAGACACCACAGCCGAUCUCGGGGUCCCAGCUGCUCCAGGUCCCUAAGCCAAUCUCGCUACAGGAGGUCUUGCUACAGUCGCUUUCCCUACAGAGAAUCUCCCUGCAGAGAAUCUCACUACAGAGGAUCUCCCUACAGAGGAUCUCCCUACAGAAGAUCUCACUACAGAGGAUCUCCCUACAGAGGAUCUCCUUACAGAGGAUCUCCUUACAGCCGAUCUCCCUACAGAGGAUCACACUACAACUGGUCUCUCUACAGAGGAUCUCACUGUAGAGGAUCCCCUUACAGCCAAUCUCCAUACAGACGACCUUCCCUACAGAGGAUCAGCCUACAGAGGAUAACCCUGACAGUGUAUCUCCCUACAACCGAUCUCCCUACAGCCAAUCUCCCUACAGAGAAUCUCACUACAACCGAUCUCCCUACGGCACAUCAUCCUCCAGACGAUCUUACAGGGGAUCUCACUACAGCCGAUCUCCCGCCAGAAGAUCUCCCUACAGCCGAUCUCCCUACAGACGAUCUCCUUACAGAACUCGCUGUAGCUGAUCUCCCUCCAGUCGAUCUUACAGCCGGCCUCACUGCAGCUGAUCUCACUACACCCCUGUAGCUAUGCAGGAAGUCUCCCUACAUCUGGUCUGCCCACAACAGCUGCUCUCACUCGAAGUCUGGGUCUCCCUCUCGCUCCCCAUCAGCCUCCAAAUCCAGCUCUCCACAAACAUCCAAAUCCUCCUGGGUCUCCAGAUCUUGCUCACUGUCCAGGUCUAGAUCUAUGUCCAGGAGUCUUCCCCCAUAUCUAAGAGGGAAUCCAAGUCCAGGUUGCAAUCCAAGAGUCCUCCCAAGUCACCUGAAGGGGAAGGACAAGUGUCCUCCUAGGAAAAUGAUAAGGUCCAUAUCCUCUGUGUGCCAUGGAAAGGUGGUUUUCCCCAUGCCAAAGUAUAGGUAGGGUCUCUUCUAUGACAACCUCACAUUCCUGCUCCAGAAAGUCCUAAAUUGUUCCCACAUGUCCAGGAUUCCAUUGUUUACUGUUUUCAUCAAACAGGGGUCUGCUGUUUUUCCAGUAUUUUCAUUAUAUAUCUUCAAAUUUCUGGUGUGGUCAAGCCCUAUAUAUUUCAGAAUAUUUGAAAACAAAUGUGUGACAAGCAAAAUACUGAGUUUUAAUGCUACCUUAGUAGCUGAGAGACGCCACGCAGUCUUCAACCACAGCUUCAACCGUACAGAGACCAUCAGUUCCACUACCCAGGAUGGAUUGAUUAUGGCAGAUUGGUAUG